UUUGACAGUAAAUUUUUCGAUAAAAUGCAAUAUAAUAUCGUCCGGCGUUGCACUCUUUUUGUUUGAUGUUUGUAAAUAAUUGAGUUGUAAAAACGUGACAAAAUGUGUACUAAUAACGGAUAUACGGAUUUCAAAGGUAUUUCUUAAUAAUAUUGCUUAAUCUGAAAUAUCUGGUAUUUGCAUGGUAUUUUUCUAAGUUUGUAUUUGGGAUGUAGUGAAAAUAAAACGAUAGGUGUGUUGAGUGGACACGUAAAAUUUUUAAAACGGAAACCAAUAAAGAGAAACAAAAAGCUCAUCGCAGGAAUUGAUGCCGACUAUUAUGGGAGCAUUUGAUGCUAUAAUAGGAAGCGAAACGAAAGAAAACGAACUCGAUUUAGACUCGAAAACCAGUACACCGAGACGUAGUCAUCAAAUCAGUAAUUUCGCUAAUUUAUCUCCAUACGUACAAAAAGUAUUGUCCAACGUACCUGAACAGGAAAUAAGUAGAAAGUUUUCUUCGGAAGAAACUUUGGGACCAAAAAGAUUCAAUACGAAGAGUACCUACCGUUCAUUCAGGUCUCCUGACAAACAUAUCAAUAAAUCCAACGAAAAUUUGGAAAUUAUAUCAACUAAUGUCCAAAAGAUGUUGUCGAAUCUUCCUGAUACCGAGCUGGUAAUCAGCGCUAGUAAUUUAAAUCUAACGAGAAACAGUUCCUAUUUAUUUAACUCGUCCAGUAGAACGGAGUUUCUUAAACAGAUCCUCGCUAAUGGAGAAAAAACCAGCGAAGAACCGAAAACAAAACAGUUUUUGUAUCAUUCGGACGGUGCUGCUAGCGGUAAUAAUAGUGAUAGAAUAGAUGCAGACGACGUUAAAUGUUGUGCUAGUGAACAUUUUGAUAAUUGUGAUAAUUACGAUCAAAAACCUUUAGGAAGUUAUUUACACAGUUCACAAGGUAUCGCUUCAAGAACGCCAGUCGGAAGGAAAAAUGUAGGAAAAUAUUUACAGGUUCCUAGUGAAAAUAGUGUAGGAAAUACCAGUAGCACGACGUCUUCAGAAGUAUCGAGACCCGUGUCUUUAACUAGCUUAGGCUCCUGCUCUUCUAGUGGUAGCAGCGGCCAUAAUCAGCCAGGCUCAGCGUAUUUAGCAUCUGCGGAAAGCUUGGAUAGUGAUCCCGAACCAUCAGGAAGUCAAGGAUCAGCAGAUAGUGGUAUUGCUGUACAAGAACAAUCAAUCAUAAGUCCUGAGUCCAGAGUACUUCACGAGGUUUUGGAAACAGAAACUGUGUACGUAGAGGAUUUAAACGAAGUCAUAACGGGUUAUUUAGAUCCUUGGAAAUCCGAUCCAGAGUGUCCAUUGGCUGAAUACCUGUCGCAUUUGUUCAGUAAUCUAGAGAAGAUAUAUAAGUUUAAUAGGAGUUUUUUAAAAGACUUGAAAGAAGCUGAAGGGGAAGCUACUAAAACAGCCAACUGCUUCCUUCACCACGACUCUGGUUUCUCAGUGUACAACGAAUAUUGUCAAAACUAUCCCCGAACUAUGGAAGUUCUGGGUCGUUUAACUAGAGAUGAAAAAAUGGCUGCUCUAUUUCGAGAAAAGCAACUUGAGUUAGGACACGCUUUACCACUAGGAUCUUAUUUACUUAAGCCCGUGCAACGGAUUUUGAAGUAUCAUCUUUUAUUACAGAGGCUCUCGAAGCAAUGUGAUCCGACGCACAAACCAACAGUAGAUUUAGCUCUAACGACAAUGACAGGUAUCGCUUCGGAUAUAAAUAAUAUGAAAAGAAAGAACGAGGAUGCAGUCAGAGUUCAAGAAAUUCAAGCCCAGUUGUACGGGUGGAACGGACCGGAUCUUACAGCUCUAGGAGAAUUGAUAGCAGAAGGAACUUUCAGAGUAGUUGGAGCAAGAGGUCGAAGACACGUGUUUCUAUUUGAGAAAGUUUUGCUGUUAGCUAAAAAUAGACAAGGGGGAGCUCUUGCUUAUAAGAGUCAUAUUAUGACUUCCAAUUUAAUGUUGGUGGAACAAGUUAGAGGUGAACCUCUGUCGUUUCAAGUUAUACCUUUCGACAAUCCACGUUUACAGUCGACGCUGAAAGCCAGAUCGCCACAGCACAAAAGAGAAUGGACUUUGCAAAUAAAAAGAGUUAUUUUAGAAAAUUAUACAGCUGUCAUUCCAAAUCACGCUAGGCAAUUAGUUUUACAGCUCGGACAAGAGUUGAAUGAAACAGAAGACACCAACAACGAUAAAUGGUUACCCCUAAAACAAUACUCGACCCCAAACUACUUAGAAAGAAGAAGCAGAGUAAGAAAAACGAGAGACUUCGCCAACAGAAGAGCGGCAUCUCAAGAUCGUACAUUCCCUACUUUAACCAAUUGGAGAAGAAAGUCUGAACCGAGUAUGGUACCGCAGUACAACCCCAAAAAAACAUUAAAAAUAAAAAAACAAAAAGAAAUUCAGAACGCUACUUUUUACACUGAUUUAUCUGAUUCUGAAAAUUGUGCUGAUGAAUCAAUGGAAAAUUUACAGCAGAGUCAAAACGAGGUAGCCCCAGAUGAAUCGAAUAAUGAGGAUAAGACUGAUGAAUGCGUUAAAAAUAAUUUGGAAAAAAUCGUUUCUGAUAUUUUAAUGCAAAAUCAAACUUUCCAGAAGGCGUUUUGUAGACAAAUUAGCAGGAAGAGUCUUACCAGCGAUCCAACAUCCGUAUGGUAUGAAGAUAAAGUGAAAUUGCCAACAAAAGCCGAUUCUUUACCGCGAUCUUUUCAACUAUAUGAUCAACUAGAUUCGAAUGAUGCAAUCGACGGUCGAAACGACAAACUUCUAGAUAUGUCAUUGAAGGAGGAUCCCGAUAUAGACGUUGAAGAACAACAAGAUAAUGAUUUCUCAUCUCAACUCAGUGACGCUGAGCAUCCCGAUCACAAAAUUUAUCGCAAAUCAGCAAUUAGAUUCAGUAUUCUCCAGAGAAUUCGACAUAUUAUGACGGAAGAACAAAAAAGAACCCAAAAGUUCCCAGUAUAUCAACAGGGAUCUAAAAGAAUGGGAGAAAAAAUCGCUCAUCCCGAUUAUGUAGAUCCACAGAAAUUAUUUUUAGGUUCAGCUAAUUGCAGUCAAGUUGAUCUCACAGAAUACAAAAUCGAAGAUUGCGAUAUAUUGGGUGAACCAGAACAAUUAGAUUUAUCAAUAUGCGAAAAAGAUGUACUUAACGAGCUCGAAAAGAGGUUGAAUGGAGGCAGUAGUGUUCCUGAUACUGGUCAGACUCUGAACUCUAGUCACAGUUUAAAUUCUAGUCAAAUUUCCGAUAGUUAUUAUGAAAAUAUUUUAGAAGACUCCUUAAAGGAGGAAUACGUUGAAGAUUCCACUGGAAAACUGGUAGCUAAACAGGACUCAUUCAGUAGCAACGAAGAAAAACAAAAACCUAACCAAAAAUCACUGUUUGAUAAGCGACCUGCGAUCAAGAGGCCUACCAAAGCACCGCCGCCAAUACCUCAAAAACCUGCAAGAUUAAGUCAAAAUGUUGGUUCGAUUAAAUUCGUCACAGAAAAAACUAGUUUUAAGGAUGUAACUCAACUACGUACUGCUGGAACUAGCACAACGAGAGUACAGGACGUCGUUAGUACUGUUACAAGUAGUACGACUAGUACUACUUCAAAUUCUAGUUGGGUUAAAGCGAUGGUUGGAAGAUUUGAAUGAUUAAAGUAUUAGAUAUAGGAUGAUUGGUUAGUCAGAUUAUUUUUAGCCAUAAAGGAAUUAUAAAAUGGGCUGGAAAUCCCAAAAGAUGGUGUGAAAAUGAAACAAAGUGAUUUAGUAAUAAAAACACAUAAAAAGAUUAAAUAAAUUUUAUAAAUAUAUAUAAAAGAA